AUGCCAUUAUUAAUAAAACGACCAUCUCCAGAUAUUGUUGAAUUUACAUAUUACGAAAAUUUUAAAUGGUCUAUAAAAUACAUAUUAAAGCUUUUGGCAUCUUUUUCAAUCCUCGUAUUUUUUCUGUCAGUAUCUAUGUUUUUUUUUGGCCAACAUUAUCAACAAAUAAAUUGCAUCAUUUAUAUUUUACAAAAUAUUGGGCUUGUUCAAUCAAUUCAGGAAUUAUAUAUACAUAAGCCAUAUGUUUUUUUUUGUAUAGUUGCAAUAUUUCUAUAUUUUGCAUGUAGGCUUAUGCAUCCAAAACCAACAAGUGAAUCUUUACUUAUUUUACAUAAUUUAGGAUUACAAAUCACUUUACAUUAUUUUUUCCUACCUUCUCGUACACGUUUUAUUCCAUUGUCUGAAAUCUUAGAUGUUGUAAUUCAUGAAGGAUUCAUUGGGCUAGAAGUACGCUAUUACUUAGCAUUAAUUAUACGUAAUGAGGAUACUUUACAGAUUAUAUUUGAAAAUCUUCUUCCACGGAGAAAAUUUUUAGAAGUUGUUUAUAAAGAAAUACAAACUAUUUUUCAUUAA